CCAGGGGCCACCAGAACAUCAUCAGGGGCAACCAGAACAUCUCCAGGGGCAACUACACCAUCAACAGGGGCAACUACAGCAUCACCAGGGGCAACCAGAGCAUCACCAGGGGCAACAGCACCAGGGGCAACCAGAACAUCACCAGGGGCAACUACAGCAUCACCAGGGGCAACCAGAACAUCACCAGGGGCAACUACAGCAUCACCAGGGGCAACCAGAGCAUCACUAGGGGCAACAGCACCAGGGGCAACCAGAACAUCACCAGGGGCAACUACAGCAUCACCAGGGGCAACCAGAACACCACCAGGGGCAACUACAGCAUCACCAGGGGCAACCAGAACAUCACCAGGGGCAACAGCACCAGAGCAUCACCAGGGGUAACAGCAACAUCACCAGGGGAUAAAGCAGUCCCAUAUUGCGGCCCCAGUGGUUACAGGACAAACCAUGGAAGAUCAGAUGGAAACAUCUACAAUGUCGACAACGUUGCAAAACACCCUGAUUCAAUAUCACUGCUUUCCAGAAGACGAGUGGCACUUAGCCAAGAAAACGAGUGAUGUAACAGUGUGGCGGAGACCCUCGGAGGAAUUUGGCGGUUCACUCUACAAAUGUGAAGGCGUAGUUAAAGAUGUUUAUAGCCGAAUUGUGGAUUACAUCCGCCCCGGACCUUACAGACUGCAGUGGGAUAGCUUAAUGACAGAGAUGGAUAUAAUCAAGGAGAUCGAUCAGCAUCGCUGUGUGAUGCGCUACACAACUGCCGGUCAACUUUUGAACAUCAUCUCUCCCAGGGAAUUUGUUGACUUUUCCUACACCACACCGUAUGAGGACGGACUUUUAACUUGCGGUGUUAGCACUGAACACGAAAUUGUUCGACCUAAUUGCGUCCGUGGAUUUAAUCACCCAUGUGGCUGGUUUUGUGUGCCUCUUCCGGACAAUCCUGAAAGCAGCUUGCUGACUGGCUACAUUCAGACAGAUCUACGAGGGAUGCUUCCUCAUAAGACUGUUGACCUUGCGAUGGCAGGUUCACUUGUUAAUUUUUAUACUGACCUCAGAAAGGCGCUUAAAGAGUGACUCUUCUUUCAGAGUCACCAUUAUAUGGGACAAACAAUACAUUUUAGCUGUACUUUACUAGCCAUGGAAAUACGUAUCCAAAUACAUCUAAUGGGCUAUGACCCAAGGUUUCUUGUUUUUUUCAGUGAAAAAAAUCUUUUUAAUGCCAUGUUUAUCCUUAUUAGAUUGUAUGAAGAAGAAAAAAGCUAAUAUUUUUACUAGUUAACAUGGAAGUAGAUUAGACGUCUGAAAGAGCUUUACUAAUCUAGUGGUUCACAGCCUGGUCCUUGUAGCACACCAGUGGUCCAGGUUUGGUCAGUAUCCCUACAGAAAAAAAUAUUGGGAAAUGCCUACAUCCUAAACUGUUGGUGCGCUAUAAGGAAUGCGUUGGGAAACAUUGCACUAGACCAUUGAAAUCAGACUCAUUUGUUGCCUAAGCCUUAGUUAUUAGGUUAUUUGGUUCUGUCGAUAUUUUAGGUUUAAAGGAACGUUAUAGUGUUAGGAAUGAAAUCUGUAUUCCUAACACUAUAGUGGCACUGUCCCUAGGUAGAUACAGCUCCUCGUCUUGUACAAUAAGUAUUACUUACCUUUUUCCAGCACUGAGGCUUCCUCGGUGCUACUCACCUCUCCACCUCCUGUGACAUGUCUUCAUGGAAGCAUCACGCGGAAGCCAAUGGUCCAAUCCAAUGCUUGCCAUAGAGGAGCACAAGGGAUGUGAUGCGCAUUCACAGUGAGUUCAGCACAUGCAUCCAAGCUCCCACAUAGGAAAGCAUUGUGCUCAUUGCUUUUCUAUGGGCUUCCAUGAGCAAGUUUUACGAAGACAGUCACCAGAGGUAGAUUGUUUUACAUUGCAGGGUUAACGACAGGGACUCGGCACCCAGACCAUUUUACUGAGAUGUAGCGGUCUGGGUACGUUUAGUGCCCCUUUAACAUAAUAAGGGAUAUAUUAAUUAUAUUAUGG